CUUCAUUUCACGCCUGCGUUUUCUCUCUCCUCGCGCGAGAGCUCCUCUCCUCACGUUCAACCCACGGUGGGCGGUGGCUUCCCUUGCUUCUGCAAUCACCCAAAACCAGUUCGAGGGGGAGAGAAGGGAACGUCAUCCUCCUGCGAGCUCCGACGCCACGGUUCUCCACCACCCCACCGACUGUCCGACGCUCUCAGCCAACAUUGCCUCCUCUGCCCUCAUUCUUCCAGCACAGUUUCUGUGAGGGAGACAACCAGCCGAACUAGGUGCGUCUCUCUCAAUCUCCCAUUUCAUUGCGACAAGGAUGGACCAGCCAACGAGGAGGAACGACGCAGGAGUAAAAUCUGCGUCAUCAGUACCGUGUUCAUCUUUUCCCCCAAAUCGCCUCUGCUACUAUCGUGAAGAAGACGACCCCCGACACUGAUCUUUGUACGUCGGCACUAACUGAGCUCGUCGCGUCCAUUGGAUGGCCAUGUGUGGCAAAAAGUUUGCUUACUCUUCGCAGCUACUGUCAAGUGCUAGUAGCAGGAUCUUUUCAUUUUCAUGGGGCUUUCCCUUUCUUGUUCAGAAGUCAUUCAAAUCCUCAGGCAGACGACCCAAGAAGAAAAUUUACUAUAGGGAACAUGAUCUCGAUAGGGUCAUGGAGCUCCAGAAGAAGCCUUCACUUAUUUUACAACUCAAGAACAUCAUUCUCAACCAAAAGAAUCGAUGUAUCCUUCUCAGAGACUUAGAAAAGGAGGUGGGUAUUGUUGAAAAAUGGAAUUUUAUGUCCAUCAUUGAGAGAUAUCCAUUAAUUUUCAAGGUUACUGGAGGAAGUAGAAGACCUUAUGUCUUACAGCUCACAGAUAAGGCUCUCUCAAUCGUUGAACAGCAAAAAGAUGUUAUGGAAAUGAUGGAGCCCAUUGUUGUCACCAACCUAAGAAAGUUGUUGAUGAUGUCCAUGGAUUGUAGAAUUCCAUUGGCUAAACUUGUCUUGAUCCAACCUGAGUUGGGUUUACCCAAAAACUUUAUGGAGGAUCUGAUUCCCAAUUAUCCAGAUUUCUUUAGUGUGCAGGAGUUCAAAGGACAUGAUUAUCUUCAACUUGAGAGUUGGGACUCUUCAUUAGCAGUCACUCACCGUGAAUCCAACUUGUUUAUGGAUCCAAUGAAUGGGAAAAGGCUCCACUUCACUAAAGAUGGCAACUGCUCCUGUCCAUUUUCUUUCAGAGUCAAAUUUCCUGCUGGCUUUAGGCCAAACAUGAGGUAUCUUGAAGAGUUUCAUAAAUGGCAGAAACUGGCGUUUCCUUCCCCGUACUUGAAUGCCAGGCAGUUCAAUCCAGCCAGUCCUGCAGCACGUAAACGGGCAGUUGCUGUACUUCAUGAGCUUUUAAGCUUAACUGUGGAGAAACGAUUAACUUCUGCACAAUUAGAUGCUUUUCAUGCUGAAUAUCAACUACCAUGUAGGUUGUUGCUCUGCUUGGUGAGGAACCAUGGCAUAUUCUAUCUCACAAAUAAGGGGAUAAGAAGCACUGUCAUGCUCAAAGAAGCUUAUGAUGGUUCUUGCUUGAUUGAGAAAUCUCCUUUGGUUAGAUUUAAUGAUAAAUUCUUAUCUCUUGCAGGUAGGAUUGAACAUAGUUUGAACAAGAAAAUGCCUUUAACUGUGGAAGUUGUAUGAAGUUUAUCAGGUUUUGUAAAUACCUAUGUACUUUGAGAAAGUUGCAAUACGAUGAAUUUUUUUAUCUGCA